AACUGUUUCGUGUGCUCGUAUCGUUUUCUGAGUUCAUGAAAACGACCAGCAUCGUUGACGUAAGUGGUCGUAUCCAUUUAUCGAUAGUAGUUGAGAUAGUAAUUGUACUUUGUCAGAGGCAGAGGUAUCUGUGGUUCAUAAAGGGAGUUAUGACUAUUGAGGCUCGAAUUGAUGUCAAUCGUUACCGCGAAAUCGUGACGGCAAUCGCCCGAAUAGACACGUUGCGGACAGCUUUGCCGUUCAGCACUCAGGGGAUGCUCUAG